AGCUUGGAAGGUGUUACCUUGCCAAGCAGCCUGCAGACUUUGACCUUUUGCAGCCGGUUCAACCAGUGCUUGGAAGGUGUUACCUUGCCAAGCAGCCUGCUGACUUUGACCUUGGGCGACAAUUUUAAUCAGAGCUUGAAAGGUGUCACCUUGCCAAGCAGCCUGCAGACUUUGACCUUCGGCUGCGACUUCAAUCAGAGCUUGAAAGGUGUCAUUUUGCCAAGGAGUCUGCAGACUUUGACCUUUGGCUACGACUUCAACCAGAGCUUGGAAGGUGUCACCUUGCCCAGCAGCCUGCAAACUUUGACCUUCAGCUGGGAAUUUAGCCAGAACUUGGAAGGUGUCUCCUUGCCAGGCAGCCUGCAGACUUUGACCUUCGGCUACAACUUCAACCAGAGUUUGAACCGUGUCACCUUGCCAAGCAGCCUUCAGACCUUGACCUUGGGCAGGGACUUCAAUCUGAGCUCAGAAGGUGUCCACUUGCCAAGCAGCUUGCAGAACUUGACCUUCGGCUAUGAGUUCAACCAGAGCUUGGAUGGUCUCACCUUGCCAAGCAGCCUGCAGACUUUGACGUUCGGCUCGAGCUUCAACCAAAGCUUGCAAGGUGUCACCUUGCCAAGCAGCCUGCAUACUUUGACAUUCGGCUACAACUUCAAUCAGAGCUUGAAAGGUGUCAUCUUGCCAAGCAGUCUGCAGACUUUGACUUUCGGCGGCAGCUUCGACCGGAGCUUGCAAGGUGUCACCUUGCCAAGCAGCCUGCAGACUUUGGCCUUCGGCUUCGACUUCAACCAAAGUUUGGAAGGUGUCACCUUGCCAAGCAGCCUGCAGGCUUUGACUUUCGGGUUAAGCUUUAACCAAAGCUUGGAGGGUGUCACUUUGCCAAGCAGCCUGCAAACUUUGACCUUCGGCUAUUGGUUCAACUCGAGUUUUCAAGGUGUCACCCUGCCCAGCAGCCUGCAGACUUUGACCUUUGGGCAAGACUUUGACCAGAGCUUAGAAGGUGUCACUUUGCCAAGCAGUCUGCAGACUUUGACCUUCGGCAGGGACUUUAACCAGAGCAUGGAAGGUGUCACCUUGCCAGGCAGCCUGCAGACUUUGACCUUUGGUGAUUUUUUCAACCAGAGCUUGGAAAGUGUGACCUUGCCAAGCAGCCUGCAGACUUUGACCUUCGGCAGCCGGUUCAACCAGAGCUUGGAAGGUGUGACCUUGCCAAGCAACUUGCGUGAGCUUGGCUUGCCAGAGUUCAAUGUGUGCAUUCAUCACUGCGUCAUUUAAGUCAUGUGCCAGCGGCUUUCUGACCAAAGAGGUGCUCCAACGAAGUCUUCAGGAUCUUCAGGGGACAUGUCAUGAUCACGGACUAUGAAUAUUGCCGUGCAGAUCUGUAUAUAUGUAAAGGACUGUGAAGUGUCAAGGGAUCAUGUGGAAUUCUUCACCCACGUGGCUGCUCUACGUGGCCUUUACUUUGCCUCUCAAUUCCAAAAUAUAUGGACCCGAGUGAACCGCAUGAGUAAUUACCAGGAGAACCCUCAUAGUUCUAUAGUUGCAAGCUGGACAAUUGUUCAUUUUUCGUUUUCAGGGAACACUAUGAGAUCUUUUUGCGG